CUGAAGAAGAAGAAGAAGGCACAGCGGAAAAAUAAAAAGGUGGAGGGAAGAGUGAAAUAACAGGAGAAUAGCGGGAAGGUUGGAGGAACAGGUUGGAAAGAGCGCAAGAAGACAUUUUGCAAGUGGAGAACGAGACUUGCCAUAUAUACAUAUAUUUUUACCAGCCGCUGCUUUUGUGUGAAGAGUUUCUUUUUGCUCCCCGUCCGCUGAUUUAAAGGAGGAGACACCAUGACGACAGAAAUGCAGGAGAUCGCCAUCACAGAGGACAAGCCUUUACUCACGGGUCAGGCUGACACCAAGGAUGCUGAACUGGCUGCCCGGAUACUCCUGGACCAGGGACAGGAGCACAGUAUCGAGACCCCGCAUGGUGUUCUGCACGUGACCCUCCACGGCACACGAACCACCCGCAGGCCCGCCAUCCUCACCUUCCACGAUGUGGGUCUGGACAGUAAGAGCUGCUUCUCGCCUCUGUUUAAGUUCGAGGAGAUGCAGGAGAUUGUCAAGAACUUCACCCUGAUUCACAUCGAUGCUCCGGGGCAGGAGGAGGGGGCUGCCGCCUACCCCACAGGUUACCAGUAUCCCUCCAUGGAGACGGUAGCAGAGAUGAUCCCUGCUGUCCUGCAGUUUUUCAACUUCCGUACUGUAAUCGGAGUGGGCGUGGGAGCGGGAGCGUACAUCCUCUCCAAGUUCUCACUUGCGAACCCAGACUCAGUGGAAGGUCUGGUUCUGGUCAACAUCGACACUAACGCUCGAGGAUGGAUAGACUGGGCCGCUCAGAAGCUCAGCUCUGUGACGUCGUCCCUCACCGAGCAGAUCCUGUCCCACCUUUUCAGCCAGGAGGAGCUGUCAUCAAACACAGAUCUAGUGCAGUCUCACAGAGAGCGCAUCUCCAAAGCCUCUAAUCUGGUCAACAUAGAGCUCUUCUGGAAGACUUACAACAGCCGCAGAGACUUGAACAUUGACCGCAACAGCACCUUCAAGUGUCCAGUAAUGUUGGUUGUGGGUGAUCAGGCUCCAUACGAGGACGCUGCCGUGGAGUGCAACAGCAAAAUGGACCCGACAACAACCUCAUUCCUAAAGAUGGCUGAUGCUGGUGGUCUCCCUCAGCUGACCCAGCCUGCUAAACUGACUGAGGCUUUCAAGUAUUUCAUCCAGGGAAUGGGCUACAUGGCUUCAUCUUGCAUGACCCGCCUGUCCCGCUCCCGCACCACCUCCCUCUCCUCCUCCUACUCCAUGGAUGGGUCCCGCUCUCGCUCCCGCACCCUGUCCCAGGGCUCGCAGGGGGGCCAGAUGCCGCCCAGCCCCUCCCAAACGAUGGAGGUGUCUUGCUGAAGGGGAGGGGGGGGGGGACAUGAUAGAGAGAGAGAGAGACAGAGAGAGAGAAGAGGGCGAAGGCAAAAAAGGAAGGGAAAGAUGAAGCACGACAAUAAUGCAGGAAAGGAGACGAAUGGGUUACUUAUUUGUCACUAAACAACUCCCAUCAUUCCCCAGCAGAGCAGCGUAGAGACAGGGAGAGGGGGGGAGAAGGAGGGAGAUAAAAACCUCCACAUUUUGCACCACAUUCAAAGUCCAGUCCCUCUCCUCACAUCCCCCUUCCAGCUGAAAACAAAGCGGAGUGGGCUGCUCUACAGCAAAGCAUAGGCCAGAAAAGAUUAAUAAAAGGGGGGAUGUGGGGAAAGAAUGGCAACCAGUCCUCUCUCCCUCCCUCUAUUGGAGCCUGUGUCAGCCAGUAGAGCCCUUUAAUUUAGAUAAGGCGGCCUGUAGAGAGCACACGCCUCGCGUUAACCAUUAGUAAUAACUCUGAAAACGGUCUUUGUUGUUGAUGCUGAUGAUUAUGUUGUUGAUGAAGCUAAUGAUGACGGUGACGUCAUAGAAAAAAAAAAAAACAGUAACACUUUUCUCUUUAUUACGCAAUGAGUUUAAAACGACAUAGAUAAAAAAAAACAUACUAUA